AUGUCACGUGCAUGUCACGUGGCUGUGCUGUGCAUUGCGCAUGCGCCGCUGGAGCACACGUGGAGCGCACACCAGCAGGCUGUAAACAUGACGGAGAAUAUGGAGAAUAAAGAAGCCGUUUUAGACCGGUCUCAGGUGAAAAAGGCCGUCCAGGCCUUACAAGCCUUCUUAAAAACGAAACCUACCACAGAGUCUCUGCUGCUGGAUGAAACCCAACAGAUCGCCAUCCUCUUCACUUUGUGGAAGAUUCCCCACACAGCACAGAACAUCCGCAUCCCCUUGCCCCAUGGCCAGAGGCGCGACACAGAUGAAGUGUGUCUGUUCACUCGUGAUGAGCCCAACAUGACCGCAGACCAGACCCAGAGGUUUUACAAGAAGCUGCUGGAGCAGAGUGGAGACAAAUGUAUCACAGAGGUCAUCCCAUUCAACACUCUAAAGAAGGAGUACAAGCCAUUUGAGGCCAAACGCCGCCUUUUGGGAAACUUCAACCUGUUCCUGUCUGACGACCGCAUUCGCCGCCUGCUGCCGUCCCACAUCGGUAGACACUUUUAUGAGAGGAAAAAAGAACCCACGUGCGUGAACCUUCAAAGCAAGAAUCUGGCCCGAGACAUCCAGAGAAUAGUCCAAGGCACAACUUUGAAAAUUACCAACAAGGGCUGCUGCUGCAUGGCUCGUGUUGCGCACUCCGGCAUGACUGCAGAUGAAGUGACAGACAACAUCUUAGCUGCAUUUCAGACUGUCAUGGAAAAAAUGAGAAUGAAAGGACCAGCGAUAAAAAUCAUCCACUUGAAGAGUCUGGAUUCUGUGGCACUUCCCAUUUACACGUCAGACCUGAGUCACCUCACUUUGAUAGAAGAGGCACAGAAAAAGACCAAAAAACAGAAAGUAUCACCGAAAAAGCGCAAGAAGGAAGGAAAACAAGCUGAUGUAGUGAAGCCGAAGAAGGAUGAAAAGAAAGCACAACCUCAAGAAGAAGAUGAUGAUGAUGAUGAGGAGGAGGAAGUCCCACUGCUGGUUCCCAUAGAAACCCCGACCAAAAAGCCUAAACUGGAGAAAACAAGGAGAAAGAAGACCUUAGAGAAAGCCCCCAAAGCGGCCGCAGCUCAGACGACAAAAGUGUCCAAGAAACUGGUCAAGCGGGAAGUGAAGACGAAGAGGAGGGUGCCCAAAGUCAAAUGA